AUGGGGGAGAGCAGGAAGUGGACUCACCCUCGAGGGGAAGGGGCCUGGCUGGGCAGAAAAUCCUUCAGAAGUGGCACUCAGAGCCAGUUCCACAUUGACAGAUACCCUUCCUUGCUGCCCCUGCCUACCGUGCCUCCCCUCAAUGCCUACUUGCCUGGUGUCUUGGGGAAAAAGGCAGCUCAUCAGACCAGGAGCAAUGGAAACGCCAGCAGAGUGGCUGCUGGCUGUGUAGACAGCGACGUCAUCCAUGAGGGCGGGAUGCCCCCCAGACAACGCGUCCCCAGAACCGGGGUGCCUCAGCUGGUGAGGAGGCCUCGCAACUGCUUUGGCAACAGCUGUCAGGGGCCUGUCCAAGACCCAUGCUGCGCAAAGCCCAUCCGGCCGCCAAUGAGUCCGGGCCACGGUACGGCCCUGACACCAACACCUGGCCAUCGCAUCCCCCUGAACAGCCCUCGAUGGACAAUGAAAAGUGGCGAGACAGUCCCGCAGAGUGCCAUGGUGGUCAGUCAAGGCCCCUCCAACUGGCCAGGGAAACUUCGAGGCCCAGGAGGUCCCCCAAUAAAAGUAUUCUCUACAUCAGCUGCUGAAAUUGUGUCCCCUGUGAUGGCAAAAGCAAAAAAAGCUCCCUCAAAAGCCUUCAAACGGCCGACGGGCCUUCUUCGGGAUUCGACGUUGGAGGCGGCGGCGGCGAAUGGAGGAGGGCCGCCGCGGCGGUUGGGAGGAGGCGGGGCCGCCGCGGCGGUUGGGCGGUUGGGAGGAGGCGGGGCCGCCGCGGCGGUUGGGAGGAGGCGGGGCGGGAAGUUUGAACUGCGGCGGCAGCUCCGAGGCGUCCUAGGCGAGAGCGGGGCCAUGAGGCGCUGUCGGGAGACCGGGGGCUUCGCCUCCGCCGGCUUGCAGAGCUGCAGCAUUCAAGAAAAAAUUGAGUUUGAAAUGCGAAUGCAAGAAGGAAUUUGUAAACUGCUUGCUGUGACCACGCAAAAAGACCAGACGUUGCAUGCAGUUAAAAACCUGAUGGUUUGCAAUGCUCGCAUCCUGGCCUACAAGACAGAGCUACAGAGGCAACAGAGAGAGUCCGUAAACAGAAAUACAGGGCGGUGUUCAGAUUUUGUUGCUAAAGAUCGAGAAGCUUGUAAGGGCAAAGUCGCCAUAUCAGACCUUCGAAUACCGCUGAUGUGGAAAGAUUCCGAUCACUUCAGCAACAAAGAUCGAACCCAGCGUUAUUCAGUUUUUUGCUUGUUCAAAAUAGGAGCUCAAGUUUUUGAUACAGAUUUGCUUAUUGUGGAUAAAGCAAUAACAGACAUUUGCUUUGAAAGCGUAACUGUGUUUGAGGAAGUUGGGCCAGACUUCCAGCUGAAGGUUGAAGUCUAUAGCUGCUGUUGUACUGAAGAUUCUUCUGUCAUGCUGAACACUCCCAAGAAGUUAGUUAAGAAACUUAAAACCUCAAUUGGCAAAGCUACUGGGAAGAAACUCAGCUCUACCUCAGAUGACGGCAACCCUGAAUCGUUAUUGCUCAGUGACAUGAUUGUCCUUGGUGAAAAGUAUAACUUGCUGGCACAUGCAACUUUGGGACUGGAAAGCGUUGAGGACAAUUUCAAGACUCACAACCUCACUAUUGUGGGAAACAAGGAAUCAUCUUUUUGGCUUCCCUUGUAUGGCAGCAUGUGUUGUCGUUUAGCUGCUCAACCAUCCUGCAUGACCAAGAACAAGAUGGCGGGGUUUCUUAAUCAACAGCAAAUGAUAGGGAAGUUGACUUCCUGGAGGAGGCUGUACUGUGUGCUAAGAGGUGGAGAGCUCCUUUGUUACUAUACACCAGAAGAAAUAGAAGCUAAAGUGGAGCCGUCUUUGACCAUUCCUGUCAGCAAGGAAACCAGAAUCCGUGCUGUGGAUAAAGAUAGCCAGAAAAAAGCCAAAAACUUUUCUAUUAUCUACCCUGAGGCUGGGGAAGCUGUGACUCAGAUUUUUGCAGUUGAAAACCAGGAAGACCUUUCUAAGUGGACAGAAGCUUUUUGGCAGCACUUCUAUGAUUUCAGUCAGUGGAAGCACUGUUGUGAAGAAUUCAUGAAAAUUGAGAUUAUGUCACCACGGAAACCACCAUUGUUCUUGACAAAAGAGGCAACUUCAGUUUACCAAGAUAUGUGUAUUGAUUCUCCAGUAAAACAUGAAGGAUUAAUUGAUAUAGUGCAACGAAAAAUUGAAGAAACCAAUGGGAAGUUCCUGGUUGGCCAACAAGAACAACGUGUACUCCCUCUGUGGGCUGCCAAGUUUGAUGUUUCUCACCAGAUGUUUGUGCAGAAAAACAGGAUUCCGGGCACUAACAAAGAAAUUGCACACCCUAAUGAAAGCAAAGGCACCAAAAGACGAGCCCCUCUCCCACCGUCUGAUAAGCCACUAUAUAGUUCAGCAGCACAAACACCAUCCACUCAACUGGACAAGGAGAACAUUGGGAAUAAUUCUCCUCUGACACGUAGGGCCUGUUCCUUUGAUUCUGGGCAGACUUCCUUUCCUCACUUGCAGAGACCUAUUGUGGCUCCUCGCAAAUCAGUUACUUGCCGGAAAGGUACCUUCACAGACGAUGAAACUCCUGUCUCUUCUAUAAAGCCUGUUCCUGCUCCUAGGCAGAAAUAA